UUGUGUGCAAAAUGACAAGCGUGAGUACCGGUAGAGGCGGUAGUACUAAACGCCUCGACUACAUGCAACACCCUCUCGCCUGUGAGCAAGGCCAGUUCGUGCAAGCGAUCUCGAUCGGCGCCAUGGAGGAAGGAAAUUGAGGAGAGGCCCUACCCCCUCCGGGGGCUAGAAGAAAAGUGUGGAAAAAGUGACGUAGAUUGAUGCAUUCGAGCUGUCCAGCAAAUGCAGAUGGUGCAGUUACAUCAAGGAUACCGCCACCGCUGUAACUGCUGUGUCUAUGAGAUGGAUAAACUGUGAUCUGAAGUGCUCACCAGGAUCCAUGCAGGUCAGCGUGUGUUUGAAUUCCAUAUGUGCCCUCGGAGCUCCUCGCGAACGUUCAAGCUAAGGCAACACCUGUACAGUCAUACAGCCAAGAGGCCAUUUCAGAGCACUUUACGCUCUUAGAGCUUCUCACAAAAAGUCAUUCUAAAGUAACACCUGUGCAUCCACAGAGGUGACAUGCCAUUUCAUUGCCAUUUAUGCACUAGGAGCUUCACGGUGAAGUCUACGUUGAAGGAACACCUGUGCAUUCACACAGGAGAGAAGCCAUUUCAGUGCCCUUCAUGCCCUCAGAGGUUCCCACGAAAGAGUCAUCUGAACCACCACCUGCACACCCACACAGGAGAGAAGCCAUUUCAAUGCCCUUCAUGCCCUCAGAGCUUCUCACGAAAGAGUCAUCUGAACCAGCACCUGCACACCCACACAGGAGAGAAGCCAUUUCAAUGCCCUUCAUGCCCUCAGAGCUUCUCACGAAAGAGUACUCUGAACCACCACCUGCACACCCACACAGGGGAGAAGCCAUUUCAAUGCCCUUCAUGCCCUCAGAGCUUCUCACGAAAGAGUUCUCUGAACCAACACCUGCAUACCCAUACAGGCAAGAAGCCAUUUCAAUGCCCUUCAUGCCCUCAGAGGUUCUCACGAAAGAGUCAUCUGAACCAGCACCUGCACACCCACACAGCAGAGAAGCCAUUUCAAUGCCCUUCAUGCCCUCAGAGCUUCUCACGAAAGAGUUAUCUGAACCAGCACCUGCAUACCCACACAGGCGAGAGGCCAUUUCAGUGCCCUUUGUGCCCUCAAAGCUUCUCACAAGAGAGUACUCUGAACCAGCACCUGCGCACCCACACAGGUGAGAAGCCAUUUCAAUGCCCUUCAUGCUCUCAGAGCUUCUCACAAAAGAGUACCCUGAACCAACACCUGCACACCCAUACAGGCGAGAAGCCAUUUCAAUGCCCUUCAUGCCCUCAGAGCUUCUCACAAAAGAGUACUCUGAACCAACACCUGCACACCCAUACAGACGAGAAGCCAUUUCAAUGCCCUUCGUGUCCUAAGAGCUUCUCACGAAAGAGUUAUCUGAACCAGCACCUGCGCACCCACACAGGCGAGAGGCCAUUUCAGUGCCCUGCAUGCCCUCAAAGCUUCUCAGUAAAGAGUAAUCUGAACCAGCACCUGCGCACCCACACAGGCGAGAGGCCAUUUCAGUGCCCUGCGUGCCCUCAGAGCUUCUCACUAAAGAGUACGCUGAACCAACACCUGCACACCCACACAGGCGAGAAGCCAUUUCGAUGCCCUUCAUGCCCUCAGAGAUUUUCACAAAAGAGUCAUGUGAACCAGCACCUGCACACCCACACAGGAGAGAAGCCAUUUCAAUGCCCUUCGUGCCCUCAGACCUUCUCACGAAAGAGUACUCUGAACCAGCACCUGCACACCCACACAGGAGAGAAGCCAUUUCAAUGCCCUUCGUGCCCUCAGAGCUUCUCACAAAAGAGUACUCUGAUCAAACACCUGAACACCCAUACAGGCGAGAAGCCAUUUCAAUGCCCUUCAUGCCCUCAGAGCUUCUCACAAAACAGUACUCUGAACCAACACCUGCACACCCAUACAGGCGAGAAGCCAUUUCAAUGCCCUUCAUGCCCCAAGAGCUUCUCACGAAAGAGUCUUCUGAACCAGCACCUGCGCACCCACACAGGCGAGAGGCCAUUUCAGUGCCCUGCGUGCCCUCAAAGCUUCUCAUUAAAGAGUACUCUGAACCAACACCUGCACACCCACACAGGCGAGAAGCCAUUUCGAUGCCCUACGUGCCCUCAGAGAUUUUCACAUAAGGGUAAUCUGAACCAGCACCUGCGCACCCACACAGGCAAAAAGCAAUUUCAGUGCCCUUCGUGCCCUCAGAGCUUCUCACGAAAGAGUCAUCUGAACCAGCACCUGCACACCCACACAGGAGAGAAGCCAUUUCAAUGCCCUUCAUGCCCUCAGAGCUUCUCACGAAAGAGUACUCUGAACCAACACCUGCACACCCAUACAGGCGAGAAGCCAUUUUAUUGCCCUUCGUGCCCUCAGAAAUUUUCACAGAAGAGUCAUCUGAACCUGCACCUGUGCUCCCACAGAGGCAAGAAGCCAUUUCAAUGCCCUUUAUGCCCUCAAAGCUUCUCACAAAAGUCGACAUGGAAGGUCCACUUGCACUUCCACUAAUGUGAGAGGCUGUUUCAGAGCCGGUCAUGUCCUGAGAACUUCUUGUGGAAGUCUGCAAUAAACCAACAGCCAAGCAUCCACACAGGUGGGUGGCCAUUUCAGUGUCCUGUAUGACCUCAGCAAUCCGAAAAAGUCCUUACUGAAUGACCACGUGUGCAUCCACUCAGUGAGAGUCCAUGUCAGUGCUCUUCAUGUACUCGGAUGUACUCAUGGAAGUUCGCACUGAACUUCACUUCCCCUAAUGUGAGAGGCUGUUUCAGUGUCCAUGUCCUGGGAACUUGUCGUGGAAGUCUGCACCGAACCGACACCCGCUCGUCCACUCAAAGUCCGUAGUCAAGGAUCACCUGUGUACAACUCAGGGAGACACCAUGUCAGGGCUCUUCAUGUCCUCAGAGUUACUUGAAGAAGUUCGCACAGAACUGACACAUGCACAACCCACAUAAGAGGCCAUUUCAGUGCAACUUUUACCAUCAAACCUUUGGACAUAAAAGCCACUUCAAUAGGCACCUCGCCACCACUAGUGCACCUGACACAUCAGUGACGCAGUGUCUGACAGUUCUGACGUAGCAGUGCUGAGUUGUGUGCACUCCUCAUUGUUCCUUCUUGUUUUUCAUAUUUUCCUUAGUUUUUUUCAUGGAAGCUCAGCAUGUGUACACCUGUAGUUCUAUACUAGGAUGAAAUAUUUUAAGUCUUCACUUUUCAUUAUUAUGAUAUUUAAGCUCUUUGUUGCAGACAAGCGCUUCUUUCUGCAUUGAAAUGUUUAACUGCUCUUUACUAAAUCAGUUGUGUGAGUUAUUCAGCACACUAAUAAAAUUUGGGAUUGGAUUUUGUUAAUUAUUGAUAUUUCAAUACUUCCACUAAUAGCAUGUAAAGUUUCAAUUCAUUCGCAUUUAUUGUGCUGAACACUUCAAGAGAAUUUGAGUGGCUAUUUACUAUUGCUAAGUCAUGCAGUUAAAACGACCUUUUCUCAGGAAUUGAAAUUAUGCACUUAUGUGCUUUUUUGAUUCCUACUAUGAUUAAACUGGUUUCAGUGGUACUAAAUGCACUGGUAUGAAAAUUUUUUGCUCGUAAAGAUCCAUGAAGACCUUUGAGAACCUUGAAAAUUGCUUCAUAAUAAAACAUUGUUCUGAUGGA